ACUUUGACCUGAGCGCAAAAAUGGAGGCUCUAGACCGGGGGUCCCCAACUGGCGGACCGGGGUCCAGGUCCGGACCCCGAUACCUUUUUAUCCGGACCUCUAAACAUUUUUGUUUAAAAGUUUUGAAAAAAAAAAAAAAUUACCGAAAGUAAUUUUUGAACAGGCGUGCGCGCGGGCAGCUGCAAGAGCCGGGGUCCGGAGAGAUCACAAACUUUGGCUAGUACACAACACAUUACUAAGACAUUCGUGAAUGGAUUAUUAUGGCUUUAUCCAAAAUAAGAAAAGUGGACUCAGAAAACCGCAUCUUUCGAGAUGAGUGGACUGAAGCGUAUGCGUUCAUUUUGCCGUCAUCGAGCUCUACGAGGCCCGUGUGUCUUAUUUGUUCGGAGUCUGUUGCUGUUGUUAAAAGUGGAAACAUCAAGCGGCAUUUCGAGACAAGACACAAAACUUUCAAUGAAAAUUACCCGCCAGGAUCAGCCGCGAGGACGAGGAAAAUUUGUGAACUGAAAGGACAGUAUGAGCGCGCAACACGGGUGAUAACACAGUCCCUUACAGCACAGCAACGAGCCUACGAGUGCUCACUUCGAGUACAGUGGAUUUUAGGCAAACAUAAAAAGCCUUUUACUGACUCCGGAAUGGUGAAAGAAUGUAUGGAGGCGUUGGCAGACACGUUGUUCGAGGGUAAAGAAGGACAGCAGCUAAAACAAAAGGUUCGUCAGAUUCCUUUAUCAUCCACAACAACAACAAGAAGAGCUGAGCUACUGUCGGAAGAUGUGCAGUCCCAGCUUGACAGCGCCAUCCAAAGUGCCCCGUGCAUUGUGUUAGCUGCUGAUGAAUCAACUGACGUAAGUGAUAACGCUCAGCUCUUGGUGUAUGUCCGAUUCUAUCGUGAGGAGACUAAAACAUUUGUAGAGGACAUUUUAGGUGUCACAGCUUUAAAAACGCACACCAGGGGAGAGGACAUAUAUUUGGCCAUUAAGGAAAUGCUGACACAGAGGAGAAUCGAUCUAAAAAAUGUUGUCUCCAUCACCACUGACGGGGCCCCGUCUAUGAUGGGAAGAGAAAAAGGUGCAGUCAGUCGACUGAAAGAGGACAACCCAGAGCUCUUGUCAUAUCACUGCAUUAUCCACUUGUCUGUUCUCUGCUCCACACUUUCAGAGCACCACGCAGAAGUUAUGAACACCAUCACCAAACUAGUUAACUUUCUCAGGGCUUCAUCAGCUCACCAGCAUCGUCUGCUCAGGGAGUUUUUAGCAGAAGUAGAUGCUCCUGCCAAUGACCUGCUCUUGCACUCCAAUGUCAGAUGGUUGAGUAAAGGAAAAGUGCUGGCUCGCUUUUGGAAGCUAAGAAAAGAAAUUAAAGAUUUCCUUGCACAACAAAAAAAUCACAAGGCUCAUGUGUUUUUGCACUUUUUAGAAGAGGAAAGAAACAUGGACACACUGGCCUUUCUGGUUGACAUCACAGGGCAUUUAAAUGACCUCAAUCUGAAGCUUCAAGGGAAAGACAAUUCUGUGUGUGACUUGGUGGCUGCAGUCCACGCUUUUCAGAGGAAACUGGACAUUCUGAAAAUGGAUCUUGAGCAGGACUGUACACAUUUUCCUUCAAUGAAGGAGAUACAGGAGAUCAAUGUCACUGCUCAUUCUGACUUUAUCCAAAAGUUGAUUGAAAACUUUAAGGCUCGCUUUGAUGGCUUUCCAUUGGGAGAUCAGCUGAUGCUCUUUGUUAGGAGUCCAUUUUUUGUUAAGAAUGUUAUUUCUUUCUCAAAGGAGGCAGUACAUAUGUACAAAUGGGUUUAUGCACAGGCCCUUCAAAUGGAGCUAUUAGAUUUACAGGCUGAUGUAGUGUUAAGAGAGCAAUGUGAAUCCUCUGACCCGGUCACAUUUUGGCUGCAGACUGUGCCAAAGGCAAAGUUUCCUGUACUUAGCAAAGUGGCAGUGUACACAUUAACAAUGUUUGGCUCUACCUAUAGCUGUGAGUCAGCCUUCUCUACGCUAAACAUCAUUAAGAAUAAGUACCGCUCACAACUGACCAAUGACCAUGUGCAUGGAUGUCUGAGAAUUGCUUUGACUCCAUUCCUUCCCAGAUUUAAGAGAUUGGCUGCCAGUGCCCAUGCAAAUUUCUCACACUGAGCUAAGUUUAAAAACUUGCUUGUUUACAAAAAUGUUUACUUCAUUUUUUGUUGCACUAAUAGAAGUAUUGUUCAACAUUUUUUACAUAAUGCAUUAUGAGGUGCAUUAUUUGUUCCCUUUUGCACUUUUGAAGUGCAAUGUUUGCAAGUUUAUGUGCAAUAGCAGCUGUUCACAACACUGAAUG